AUGGCGAACCGCAUGUCAGUAUAUUCUACCUCAUCGUCCGGUCCAGGGCCCCGCCCCGCCGGACAGCAAGCAUCACAGGUCUCGACCACCACGCUGCUCAACGCCCUUCAUACCUGCUAUCUCUCCGGACAACCUUAUCAGCUUGACUCUGCAACGAGCAUAGUCGUGAACACCGCUUUAACAGCUACUACGCCAGGGCACAAUGGCGAGCUGGGCGGCACUAUAGAUCUUAACGUAGCACGGAGAGCGUGGGAGCAUGCCCGACGGAGAGCAGAGGAUGGGUGUAUUGUAUUAUGCUCGUCGCAUCAAAAUACACCCUCCCUCCUUCCAGCCUUUUUGGCAUCCUUGCCAUUACCCACACCGGAGAUAGCCUAUACAGCCCUAGCCGCAAUUCGACCCUUCGUUUCUCAAGUCACCCCGUUCAACCCCGCCCGCUUGCUCUACUCUUCCUUUGCCGUGACUUACACGUUCGCCCUGACAGGAAGAGUCACUGAUGUAAACUUAGCACUGUCGACAUCUGGUGUCAACAUCACCGAUGGGCUCGCGAGGAUUCCAUCCGAACCUGGCUAUCGUGCAUUUGAUGUCUUUUACUACCUCCUCUCCUCGGCAUCGACACCGGCAGAAAGAGAGUUCCUCGGCCUGAAAAAACCAGAGGCGUAUUCCUUUCUUAACAGGUCUCAAACUUACGAUCCACCAUCCUACCUCCCUACAACCGACGAUGGCGCCGCCGCAGAGGAUUUCCGAGCCAAUCUCAAAGCUAUCGGCAUCAAAGGAGCGGCCCAUCGCAGCUUGCUCUCAGUCCUAGCCGGUUUGCUUAAAUUGGGCAACACCGCGGGGUUCCUCGUCGAAGAAGACGAAUUGGAAGACCUCUGCGAGGACAUCGGGGGCCUUCUCAAUGUCGAUCCUAUCGUUCUUCUAAAAAACUGCUCGACAGAAGACCGAGAGUCGCUCGUCUUGGGUUUAUACGAGACCCUCCUUGACUGGGUCAUUUCGAAAGCGAACGAAGCCAUUCGCCUGGAGUUACAUGCCUCGCAUGAUAAUGGUUCGAGCGAUGGCAGACCCAGUGCUCGAACACCUCUAAGUGAAGAAGAAAGUGGAGAUACGGUUAGCAUCACUGUUGUGGAUAUCCCGGACGAGGCACUAGGAAAAGCUGUCGCUCUGCGGGGCGUAUUUGAUGAUUCUCUCGGCAUAAAUGCUGAAAUGAAAGAGGAUGGAAUCAACAUGGUUAACCCAGGUCAUGCUAUCGUUAAGGAAAUGGAAAAUGCCGUAGCUGAGGUGGAACCUGAGCUGGGUAUCAUGGGUGGCAAUGCUGGUCGCCUACGAGAACGGGAACGAGACAAAAUACAAGGAGUGCUUGAGAAAGUUGGAGUCGAAUUAGAAUCCGGGGCUUUCCUGAAAAAGGUGCUAUAUCCUGACGAAGGAAGAGAUCUGAACUUUGGCAGAAGGGGACGCUUCGACCUCAAUGCUACUCUUGGUAGCAGCAGGGUCUGGUAUCACCUCUCAAUGCACCCGGUCGAUGACCACCCGGCAGCAAUCGCAUCUCUACCCUCGGUCAGCUCGGCGUGGUCAGCAGGGACAGUUUCGCGUCAACUACGUGCUUGGAGACUUGCUGAAUGGGCCAAUCGCCGCAACAAACAUCUCGACUUCACCGCCGACUUUGACGUUGACGAAUUCGUUAGUCGAUAUGCUCUUCUUGGCUGCCACGAAGGCAAAGAUGGCGUGGAAAAUUGGAUCAUUGAACGAGGCUGGAGUAACGGUGACGUUGUAGUCGCAAGGGAGAGAAUCUGGAUGCGUGAAGGGGCUUGGUGGGAGGCAGAAUCGAUGCUCGACUUGAAAAUUCCAACGGCACCUGUAAAUCCCUUCGCCACCCCGGCGGCUACUACUCCCUUCGAUGGAACCUACGGAGCUCCGUCACCAGCGACGGCAAGUGGAUUCUUCCCCCCGGAUAACAUGAGCACUUUAGGCAGCCGAGAGAACCUCGUGAAUCGCCAAUCACAAAUGCCAAGAGCACCUAGCGCCCUUGGAGGAACUCGCUCCAUUGCGCCUACUACCGUAUCUCAGCCUGUUCAGGUUUCGUCUGGAGACUACGGCCUUGGACCCAAGGGUGACGACCGACAACAUGAAAACGUUUAUUACGAUCAAGACCUUGGUAAAUGGACCGCUUUCGAUCCCGAGUUUGGAGACCCGAAAAAGAUCGAGGAGAAGAAAAUACCAACCAGCCGCCGCGUUUGGUCUGCUUUUGUAUGGGCUGUCACAUUUUGGAUUCCAUCAUUUGUUCUUCGUUUCGUGGGUCGGAUGAAGCGCCCAGACGUUCGAAUGGCCUGGCGUGAAAAAGUGACUCUCAUCCUCCUUAUUUUCCUUCUCAACGCUUCAAUUGUAUUCUACAUCGUCUUCCUCGGUGACCUACUCUGUCCGAACAAAGACAAAGUCUGGACGGAUAAAGAGGUUAGCUAUCAUCAGGGCGAAAAUGAUUUCUAUGUCAGCGUCCACGGGAAGGUCUACGAUAUAAGCAAGUUUUGGAAGAUUACUCACACCACUAACCGAUAUCCCACAACAAAAGAUCAGAUGAUACAUUUUGCUGGGAAGAAUAUGGACGCGUAUUUCCCGUUGCCCCUUUCUUACGCUUGUCCUGGAUUUGAUAUUGGCAAGCAAAUUGAAUUGCAACACAAUGACACGAGUGCUGUUGAAUUCCCACAGGCUGUCCAUAAGGCUGGUCCCGAAUUCCAACCCGAUCCUACUCUUGCACUGAGAAGAAUUGAUUGGUAUGCAAGGACCUUUUUGCCCAGAAUGAAGGAGUAUUACAAAGGAGAUCUGGUGCAUUCGAGGAAGUCCUUACCCCAGGAAGCCGAAGAGCGCUCUAGGCAAUGGGCAUCCAUCAAUGGAAGAGUUUACGACUUGACCGACUACUUUUAUACCGUUGGAGUGCAGAACAACCUGAAACAAUACGACUUCCUUCCUCGAGCCGUAACCGACCUGUUUAAAAAUAAUGCUGGUGCCGACAUUACGGAACAAUGGCGAGACACAGAUGACUUCCGAAAGAGUAUGACUUGUCUUAACAACCAAUUUUACGUUGGCAUAUUAGAUUUCAGAGAAACACCCCGAUGUGAGGUCAACAACUACAUUCUUCUGGCGUUCACCAUUAUUCUUUGUUCCGUUAUUCUCAUCAAGUUCCUUGCGGCUCUCCAGCUGGGAACCAAACGGCGACCCUCACCUCAGGAUAAAUUCGUCAUCUGCCUUGUGCCGGCGUAUACAGAAGGUGAGGAUCAGCUUCGCAAGGGACUUGAUUCGCUUACAGCACUGCAAUAUGACAACAAACGAAAACUCAUCUGUGUCGUCUGCGAUGGUAUGAUUGUUGGUGGAGGUAACGACAGGCCUACGCCGAAGAUUGUGCUGGACAUUUUGGGCGUUGACCCAAAGAUUGAUCCGCCAGCCCUUCCGUUCAAGUCAGUUGGCGUUGGAAGCGAACAGCUUAACUAUGGCAAGGUCUACUCCGGCCUUUACGAAUAUGAAGGAAAUGUUGUUCCAUACAUUGUCGUCGUCAAAGUCGGAAAGCAAUCCGAACAGGGCAAGUCGAAGCCAGGAAACCGUGGAAAGCGUGAUUCGCAGGUUAUGCUUCUUAAUUUCUUGAACCGCGUGCACCAUCGCUCGCUCAUGUCUCCACUGGAACUGGAAAUGUUCCAUCAAAUCAACAACGUAAUUGGUGUCGACCCAGAACUUUACGAAUACGUGUUCAUGGUCGACGCCGACACUAGUGUUAGAGAGGACUCGCUGAAUCGUCUUGUUGCGAGCUGCGCGAACGACGCCAAAAUUGCUGGUAUUUGUGGUGAGACGAGCUUGCAAAAUGAAGAGCGUUCUUGGUGGACCAUGAUUCAGGUCUAUGAAUAUUACAUCUCUCAUCAUUUGGCAAAAUCUUUCGAAUCGCUCUUUGGUAGUGUGACCUGUCUUCCAGGGUGCUUCUGCAUGUAUCGACUCCGGACAGCAGACAAGGGCCGACCACUGAUUAUAUCCGACAAGGUUAUCGCCGAAUAUGCUGACGGUGAUGUUGAUACACUGCACAAGAAGAACCUUUUAUCCUUGGGAGAAGAUCGAUACCUCACGACAUUGAUGACCAAGCAUUUCCCAAGUAUGUCGUACAAGUUCAUCCCCGACGCAUACGCCAGCACAGCUGCACCGGAAACCUGGAGCGUUUUGCUUUCACAAAGACGGCGUUGGAUCAAUUCCACGAUCCACAAUCUGGCAGAAUUAAUGUUCCUCAAGGACUUGUGCGGCUUCUGUUGCUUUAGCAUGCGUUUUAUUGUGUUCAUCGACCUGUUUGGUACGAUCAUCCUCCCGGCGACAACAGUAUACUUGGGAUAUCUCAUCUAUCGUGUGGCAAGUGGCACGGGUCAAUUCCCUGUGAUCUCAAUCGCGAUCCUCGCAGCCGUCUACGGUUUACAGGCCAUCAUUUUCAUUAUCAAACGUCAAUGGCAACACAUUGGAUGGAUGAUCAUCUACAUCAUGGCCUACCCAAUUUACAGUUUUAUCCUCCCCAUUUAUUCGUUCUGGAACCAAGACAAUUUCUCAUGGGGUAAUACCCGUAUUGUCCUCGGCGAAAAGGGUGAUAAGCGAGUCGUUGCGGUGGAUGACGAAGGAUUUGAUCCUCGAAGCAUUCCUCUUCAACGCUGGGACGACUAUGCUCUCAUGAACAAUCUUCCUGGUCGCCGAGGUAAUUCCAUGGGCCAGGAAAAGCCUCAUCAGCAAUAUUACGAUGACGGAGGGCUCGAGAUGGACGAUAUGCAUUCGGUUUACUCGUCAGUGAAGCCAGCAUCUACGAUUCUAACCGGAUUCCCUAAUCAGGGCAUGCACCACACACCCUAUGUCCUCCCGCACUCUACAAAUCCUUUGGCUGUUCCGGGCAACAGAAACUCCCAUAUGACGCAGUUCACUCAAUACACUGAUAAUCCCCAGGCUCGCAAUUCCCGCCACAUGUCGAUUGGAAAUCUAAGCCAUUAUCAAGAUAAUCCUGCCAAUGCCAGCCGUCUCAGUGGAGUUGGAAUGCUUACUCCCGACAGCCAUCCAGGAGUCUCUCAGCGACAGAGUAUGCGCAGUCCCCUAUCACGGCCAGCCAGCACCAUGAUCGAUUUCAGAAAUCCACCAAAUCAGGGACCGGACGAGACUGCUAUUACAGCUGCUAUCCGGUCUUGUCUUGCGGAGGUGGAUUUGGACAGUGUGACCAAGAAACAAGUCCGAGCGCUUGUUGAGCAAAGGUUGCAGACAACAUUGACGGGCGACAAAAAAGCCUUCCUUGAUCGCCAAAUCGACCACGAAUUGGCAAAUAUGUAAAAUCCUUUGUGCUAAUCAAGCACCGCUUGCCCACUCUCGGAACACACACCUGUUUCAUACUAACCUUGCAACUUGAUUUUGAUAAUCCUGGUCGGGGACCGGACUAAUCUAUGCAUGAUUUUUUUUUAAUAAUGUUGCCUUUUUAUGCAUUCUCUUUUGAAUAAACAACUACUAAUUCCAACUGAUUUUAUGUCCUUGCUGCAUUUCUCACUUGGGAAAAAAAACCAAAAGAUGAACUGACAUGCCAUGAAUUUGGUAAUAUACACGUGUCUUAAUAAUACUUUCCUACAACAUACUUUUGUGGACUCCCAUCUAAUUCCCCUUUAUUUUAAUUGUCCUACCUCAUCUCAUGCCUCUUGUCUUGCGUGUAUUUGUGGGUUUUAGCUUUCUCUCGGUGUUAUCCCAUGGAUUGUUUGGAAAAUGGAGAAUCUAAGUCGUUUCUGCUGCUCUGUCUCUCCUUUGAAUGUUUCUCCUUUGCUUGAAAGUACUCAUCUGUUCUGAGCGCUGAUAAACAUUAUGUUCAGUAUAUAAUCCCGCUAAGCUUUUGUAUUUACAUCAUCACUACCCAACUCUAAUAAAGGGAGCAUGGACGAACAAACUUGAUCAGCAUCUGGCAAUGACUGUUUCCAAAUGCUGUAUGCCAACAUUAACAUCUCCAAGAAUCCAACCUUGUCAACACAAAACAGGUCCAAGAGCAAUAUAUCAAUACAAUGGACCCCACAGCAAAGGAAAUUAGAAAGCUAAAUGACAGCCACUACCACUAUAUGCUGGCUUCUCUGACAAUGUUCCUGGGUUUCCUCAAAACCCACCAACACCCCUGACCCUCUUGAUCGCCCCCACGAUCCCUCUCAUCCAGCUAAACCUCCCGGGAUCGGUCCCGAUCGAGCCAACCGCUAUCUCUCCGGUUUCUGGGUCAUGCCAGCAUCCAUCUACCUUGCUCACGGCUCCAUAAGUCGCAGUGUUUUGAUUUCUGCACAGGGCAUCCAGCCAGGACCGGCAGAUCAGAGGAGAGUCAAGAAGGACGUUGGUUUCUUGGCUGUGGAAGAAUGAUUGCGUGUCGAGAUUU